CAGCGGUGUAGGCACAGAAACCAUUGGCAGUUACCACAAGCAACAACAUGGCAAGCAUAUUGAGGCAACAAUUGGCGCUGCUGCUGAUCGCCGUGAUGGCCCUGCAGCUGUCACACGCCUGGCUGCUGAAGCUGCCCAAACUGGAGGAGCUGACGGAGAAACUGGACGAAAAGGAGCACAAGGAAGCGCUAAAGAAGCUCGAUUUCCUCAAUCUGUUCGCCGCCAAAGAUGAGAAAAAGGAGAACGAGUGGGAGAAGAUCAAGCAGUGGUUUGAAGACAAGAAGCUCAAGGAAAUCAGCCUAUUCGAAGCGAAAAAAGAAAAGGAACUGGAGAAACUCGAAGAUAAGCUGCAUAAGAAGAGUGGCAAAAAGGGCAAGAAACUAAAGUUGAGGACAACCACCGAAUGCUACAACCAACACGAGUACACCACGAAAGCCAGCUAUGUGCCAGAGUCCGAGGAGCACUACCAGGAAGAGGAGGAGCAAGAGGAGGAGGAGGUGUUGGUGCAGUUGCCCAAAAAGCUAAAAGACAAGAAACCCCCCUGCAACUGCCAACCAAAUACUGGCUACGACCAUGCGCCCACUGCGUACGAUGUGCGCGAGGACUUCGAGGAGGGGGUACGCUACUUUACAUAGAGUGGAUGGCGUGGAGAGUGGGGCUGUGCAUAGAGAGUGGGCCUCGCAUGUUGCAUAAUUACAUAUACUUUCUAUUUUUUUAAUAAAUUUUAUGAAAAUA